AAACUUUUUCAAAUUCAUUCUCAGUUUGCAAUGAGACAAAGGCUGUUAAUUGCCAGUUUUAAUAACAAGCAGUUGUAGUAAUUGUUAGAUGUUGCAAAUAAUAAGUAGUUGCUGAAAUUUAGAAAUGAUUUUUUUUUUUUACCUGGAUGUAAUAGGUGGAAGCUGUGUGUCAGAAAACAUCUGUUCUGUCAGCUCCUGAACUGUCCUUCCAGAAGACGCUGUCUGGGUGAGACAGAAUAUAAAGCCCCACUCAUUGCCACAGAUACCUCAUACACAAAAUACACAAAAACUAGAAACUGAACAUGUGCACAUGAUCACAAUAACCGUGUUGUACAUGUAUUCCCCACUCACGAGGAGAUACUAUGGGGCUCAGUGAAAUCACUUUAAAAUUUUGUCCACUUUUACUUCUAGUACUUCUAGCAAAUUUCCAAGGGUAGCGUACAGUAGGGAUGACUUUUCCUGUUAUUAUACUCCUGAAUCAUUUCCUCAUGUUGAACCACUUUGUUACUGCCUGCUGAAGUUUAGUAGCCAUUUGGACUAGCCAAACAAAGGGGAAAUGUGCUGCUGCACGAGUGUGUUUUCCUUGCAGUCUGAUGAGUAUUGAACAUUCACCAGUAAUGCCUGUCAGUUAUAACAUAUGGUAUGUUUUUGGGAAACACCCAUAUAACAGUUUCUGACUUUUACUGGGUCAUCAAACCUCUGUGGGAGGAUUAUGUUUUAAAAAGCAGCCUGUUACAGUAAAAGCAGGACACUGACACAAACAUAGGUAGCUAAAUAUUUACUUGACUUUUUUAUUGUAUAUGAUUAAUCUUUCUUUUUAUAUCUGGUUACAUGCUGAAAUUGUAAUGUUGGUGUUAUGUAAAUUAUAGUUUUAUAGAGUGUAAAGCUACUGGUUUCUGUAUUAAUGUGUUACUGUUGUAAAGUGCACAGUCUCCUGUUUUGAAUGUUCUCGUGGCACAACACUGGUACAAUGCCAUAGUGUCCAACAGCAGAAACAUGCUUUGUAAACACAGCAGGGGAGGGGAGGUCUUUUGGAGGGAGACUGAUUAAUGGGAAAAGAACAAAAAAACCUCUUCUUGUUGUUCUUGUGAAGGGCGAUCUGUUCUGAAACAACUACUGAAAAAAGGUCUUUGAUCCUAGCAGGACCAGGACCGUGUGUCCUGGCUUAUUAACAAUCCACUGGCAUCUCAGCAGCUGAGGACACCAGCUGCUGGUUCACAGGCAGCUGGGGCUCGCCUGCUUUCUAUUCUUGCCUGUGCAUUAGUGAUGAUUUGCACUAUAUUAUCACAGGAUUUAUACAGCUGAUGGUGAUUAUGAUGACAGGUAUUUCUCUCUCUUACCAUCCUCUGUCAGUGUCUGUCACAUGGUUCUAUUGCAGUUUGACAAACUGUCUCCUGCUGUUUCUCAUUCCUGUCUGGUGUCAUCUCUCCGCAGACCAGGGGUUUCUAAAUGACAGCUACACUCCCAUCACAGUCACCAGUAAUGAGAGCGUGGGCACAACUUGCGCUUCUACUUGGAAGGUUGUCAUGUUUCAUUAACUUCAUUCACCAGUACGUGAAACAAAACUGAUUUCAUCCCUUUCAAAAAGCAAUUCUGACUCAUACACUAGUCUGUGCUCUCUGCUGCCAUUCCUUCUUUUAUUCCCUCCUAGUGUGUUCUCAAAACACAGCACCUCUCCAGCACCUCUAACCAAAUAAUGAAAUGAUUACGAUGCAGCAGGUUGCCAGGUCCUGGUCCGCAGCAGAUGUAGUUUGUCCCAGCAGCCAACUUCACACCAUGGCACGCAGCGCUCCAGCAGACCUCUAUCCCCAUCUUGUGGCCAGUUUGAGUAAGUGCAACUAAAGGCGAGGAGCCGUUUUGCCAGAUUCUGAUUCUCCGCCAAGUUGAGUUACACGUCAGAAGUGAACCUGUACUGGUGAGUGGACGUGUACAGUGCGCGUCAGACGGUUCCCGGAUGCACCAAACAGAAGCAUGGAACGGGUAGUGGUGGAAGUGCCGAUGAACAGCGGCUUUUCCCUUGCUGGCCCUUCCACAACCCCACGAAAGCGUCAGGUGCGUUUUUCAGCUCGGCAUGAUAUCAUCCUUCUGCGAGAGGUCAUCGCCCAGAAUCCCUUUUCUUCCAAAGAGCCAGGACGGAUCUGGGCACGUGUGGGGGAGAUUAUCACAGCAGCCCUCCAAGAUGAAAACUUUGAGGUGGAUGCCAGGAGGUGUAGGGAGAGGACCAUGUUGCUGCUAGACUACUACAAGAAACAAGACUUUCCCAGCCUGCGCAGGUUUGGAACAGAAAGGUUGUACGCCCAAAAGGAGGAUCUGCUCCAUGAGGUUUUGGAGCUUGAGGCCGAGAAGGGGCUCCUGUCCAGCGGCAAGGGCACAAAGUAUCAGGAUGAUGAGUUGCACAAGCGAACCAUUGACGAAUUACCUCUGCCAGAACAGGACAAACCCAACAUCACCGUUACACAAACACCCACUGCAGAACCAGAAGAUGACCAUGAAGAAAUGGCUGAGCUAACAGCGGCACCAUUAGCCAAGCGGCCCUGCCAGUGCUGCUGCCAGACCUACUCUGAGAUCCUCAGCUUCCUGGAGAAACGCUCAGAGGCGGAGCAGCGGCUGCGAGAGGAGGAGCUUGCCCUGCGCCGGGAGGAACUAGAGAUUCAAAGGAGUAAGAUCGCUUUGGAGAGGGAGCGUCUGGGAGCGGAGAGAAAAGAGAGGGAGCGGAGAUUUGAAUUGGAGAGCCAAGAGAGGCAGGUCAUCUUGGACCUGCUAAAGGAGAAGGUGCUGAAAGGCUGAUGGAGAUGAAAAACGGUAUCAUUUGCAUUUCAGUGCCAUCUUUUAAAAAGUCAGAACAUGAAAUAUGGGAAAACAUGACUACUAAAAAAAGGAAGGACAACAAGGAAACAGGAAGUGAAAAGAGCAGCGGUUGUUGGUUGUUACUUGCAGGUGAUUGACCUGGUAAAAUAACCAAAAC